UACGAGUUUCUAAAGAAACCCGGAGAAUAAGAAACCACCGAGAAGUGCGACAAGCGAAGGGAACGGACGCUGCGCAGGUCGAUUCGGGUCGGAGGAACAGAAAAUAAUGUCUUCUUCCUUCGCCGACUCUCCCGCGUCCACUCGUCCCUUCGACGACGACGGCUACUUGGGCUACGAUCCUCGCCUCCCUUCGCAACGUUUUGACUCGUUCUCUAAUUUCGCGGACAACGAGUCUGUCAAGGACUCAGUCGGUGACUCGUCUCCCAUCUUCAAUAACCCAUCUUACAGCGCCGGAGACGACGGCUUUAUUUCACAGACUGUGCCGGAAACCCCGUCUCCGCAGUCGAUCUAUGCUAGCGGCGGUGGAUUCCCGUCUUUCUCUCCGGAAUCUAAUGGAAAGGCGUUUGAUGAUGGUUAUGUCGCGUCGGAUGGGCCGAUCCUGCCGCCUCCAUCGGAGAUGCAAUCUGAGGAGGGUUUCGCACUUAGAGAGUGGAGAAGGCUUAAUGCAAUUCGACUGGAGGAAAAGGAGAAGAGGGAGAAAGAAUUGUUGAACCAAAUAAUUGAUGAAGCAGAUGAAUACAAAAUUGAGUUCUACCGGAGGAGGAUGGUCACAAUUGAGACAAACAAAGCCACUAACAGGGAGAAGGAGAAGAUGUUUUUGGCCAAUCAGGACAAGUUCCAUGCGGAGGCUGACAAGAAUUACUGGAAGGCAAUUUCAGAACUCGUACCUUAUGAAGUACCGGCUAUAGAAAAAAAGAGGGGAAAGAAGGACCAGGAAAAGAAGCCUUCAAUUGUUGUUAUUCAGGGGCCAAAGCCUGGGAAGCCAACUGAUCUUUCAAGGAUGCGCCAGAUUCUUGUGAAGCUCAAGCACAAUCCACCUCCUCACAUGAAGCCUUCUCCACCUCCUGCACCGGCACCUGCCACUGCUAAAGAUGCUAAAGCCAGCCUUGCUGCUGCUACUGCCCCGAAGGCUGUCACUCCUGAGGCUGUAGCUGUUGCUUGAGAGUAUAUCAUGUGCUGUUUUCCUCGGUUUCCCUUCCUUGGCAUAUGCUUUUGUAUGCUAGUCCAGGAACCGUGCUGUCGGGGUUUCUAUGUUUGGUUCUAGGUUUGAGAGUCUCUAAACAAUCAUAUCUGAGCUUUGCUAGGGUAGAUAUAUACUGGUUUUGGCAAUGUAGAAAAAGGGUGUUCUGCUUGUUCUGGGUUUUGACGAUGUAGAAAAGGGUAUUGUGCUUGUUUAUCAUGUGGCAUUCCGUUUCAUUGUGUUAAUGUUUCUUCUUACUAUAUAUGCUGUUUAUAUUGAAUUAUUAGUCUGGACGUUGCUGCA